AUGAAGCCACACGAAAUACAGGAAAAACUGCGACUUACCCAACUGCAACCAGGACGCGUGUGGUAUGUACAGCCCUCAAAUGCAACAACUGGUGAAGGUCUGAAGGAAGGUCUCAACUGGCUCAGCAAGAACCGAAAACGAUGA